AUGCCACCAAAAACUACACCAAGCAAGCGAAAGGGAGCCACUAGGGAUGCUGCGUCUAUUAUUCCGGAAGCGGCGUCCCAAUUGCCUACCGCAUCUGGAAACCCGUCUACCCACCCACUGGCAUCGGCCCCGAAACUUUCGAAGACCGGCGGGAACGAUGAUGUUGCGACAAAACGUCGAGGAAGUGCAACUUUGAGAACAAAGACACCCGAGUCAAACACACCGAAUCCAAACAGGUCGCUCCGACCUCGCGAAGCGCCAGCACCAAUGAUUACGGAGGGGCCAUCGUCCGAGAUCUACUCCAGUUCCGAACUCGACUCGGACUCGAACGCCUUGCAAACGGCAACUGCCCCAUUUUCCUCUGCCGCCACAGCGGCUCUGCCAGGCAGUGACUUCGUUGAUCUCUCUCACCGCCAACGUGUGAGCGAGGCAGACCGGUUCCUCAUUCAGGCUCAUGACAACUUCGUCUCCGGUGCCACCGGCCCUAAGCCGUGGAAGGAAGUGGUUCCGCUGUUCAAUGCGAAAUUCGGAGAGAACAUAAGAAGCGUCAAAACGUCAGCCAGCCGGGCGCACAGAGUUAGGGACACAUUUCAGGAGGACAACCCGAAUUAUCCGAAGCUGAAGACUUGGGAUUACAAGACGGGCGCAGUCAUUUCUGGGGGAGCGACAACGGCAACGCGGGCUCCCCGGAAAGCGGAUGUCUCUAAGUCCGCGUCAACUUCGAAGGGCCCUGCGAAAUCUGCUACAAGGCCCACUUCGAGGACCUCUACAAAGAUUGGGAAGCCUCCCGCAUCCGUCCCAAACCCUACUGCAGCGGAUACAUCCGAGUCUUUGCCGUCCGGCUCUCGGGUACAGAAUGCUGAUGCAGCUUCUGAAGUCCCAGGAGCUCGCGCAAAGCCCUCGAAAGCUGCGGUGACAGCUAUGAAGACCCCUACAGCUGGUAGCAUUCUGUCACGUAGUGAUUCCCGGGGCGGCGUCGGAUGCAUUACUGAGGACCUGAGGAAUCUCAACAUGGCCCCUGCCCGCACCAUGAAUGAACCAUCUCGGCCUCAACCCAAGCCAACCGGGCGUACAAAGCCGAGCAGCCGCCUUCACGGCCUCGUCGACAGCGUAUUCGACUCCGAAGACGACGCCACCCCUGGAAGCAUCAUUGGCCAAAAGGCCAUGAUGCGCGAUCUGCUGAAUGCUAAUCCACAUGACGAGGGAAAGCAUAAUGAGGCGGCAUCCAUGUUGAAGUAUCUCAAGAAGCUGGAGGCAACAAAGCAGGCCCAGGUCGACUCGCUCGAGAAUGUCAUCCGUCUGGCACGCAAUGGCGAACUACGCAGUAGGGAUGGAGCCAUGUCCGCUGCACGAGCUCUGAUCAUGGCGUUCAAUGAUGUCACGUUGGAAGAUAUUGCGGACGAGCGCCAGCACGAGGAGUAG